UCUCUUUUUGUGGGUCGUAGGUUCGAACCCCUUUCGGCGAAAAUAUUUUUAUUUUCUAAAAGUUGCUAUUUUAAAUUUUUUAGGGGAAUUGCUACAAAUUUGGGAAUGCGCUUUGCUUGUGUUUAUGGAGGUGUUGAAAUAUCUGAACAAAUUUCUGAAUUAAAAAAUGGAGAUGAAUUGUGGUAUGCACACCUGGAAGGAUGAUUGAUAUGCUUGCAGCUAAUAAUCGUUAUGGACGAAGCUGAUCACAUGUCUGACAUGGGAUUUGAACUAGAAGUAAUGAAAAUGGUAAAUAAUCUACGUCAUGAAAAACAAGCUGUUCUUUUCUCAGCUGAUUUUCCUAAAACAAUGGAAGCUUUGGCAAGGAUGUUUUGGAAGACCUAUGGAAAUUGUAAGUAUAAAAUCAUCCCUCAUUAUAAGAUACCCAAUAAUAGACACACCUCUAUUUAAGAAAAACUAGUUUAGGUUUCAUUAGCAACUGAAUUGGUGGAGGUGCUCAAGCGAUAAUAUUCUAUUUGGGCUAUGCCUCAUUAUAAGGACAAUUUUUAGGGAACCAAGGGUGUAUUUACAACUGAGGUCGGUAUACGCAUAGUUGUUUGUAAAGAUGUCGAGCAAAAUGCAUAGUUUUGGAAGAACACCAAAAAUUUACAAAAUUACUAGAAUUACUUGGCCAAUAUUGGGAGCUUGUAAAUGUUUUAGUUUUCAUUGAAAAACAAGUAAAGUUAAUGCCGGCUGGUUAUAAUUGUGCUCCAGCUCAGGAAGGAAUAGAUCAGGAUUAUAGGGAUUUACCAUUCUUGAUU